CCACGCCCACGUCAUGCGCACGUGUUUUCUGGAGUUAGCUAAGACUGAGAUAUUUAUCCAGACGGUUUCCCGCUCUCCGGUUGUCACGGUGGAAGCUGAUUGGACGAUUCAAGGCCAAUAAAAACCUUCGGUGUCUCUGCGGCUUCUCCUCGUCAUGGCAACCAAAUGGGCCUCCACAAAAUGGGAGGCGGUGAAGGAGCGCAUGACAGGAAGUCCCGGCAACGACCCGGACGCCUCGCUGGAGGCCAAUCUGGAGAACGCUGACCCCGAGCUCUGCAUCAGACUCCUGCAGGUCCCCACGGUGGUGAACUACUCUGGUCUGCGGAGGCGUUUGGAGAACAGUGACCAGGCCUGGAUGGUCCAGUUCCUGGAGCUUCGUGGUCUGGACCUGCUGAUGGAGGCCUUGGAGCGCCUGUCGGGUCGCGGCUGCGCCCGUAUCUCCGACGCUCUGCUGCAGCUGACCUGCGUGGCCUGCGUCCGAGCCGUCAUGAACUCCUCCGAAGGACUGCACUUCAUCCUGGACCACCAGGGCUACGUCAGGACCCUGACCCAGGCUCUGGACACGUCUAACGUCAUGGUGAAGAUGCAGGUGUUUGAGCUGCUAGCAGCUCUCGCUCUGUUUGACCCCCGGGGACACCGCCUGGCCCUGGACGCCCUCCAGCACUACAAGAGUGUGAAGAAGCAGCAGUAUCGUUUCAGCGUGAUCAUGAACGAGCUGCAGGCCUCCGAUAACGCCCCGUACCUGGUCUCGCUGCUCAGCAUGGUCAAUGUCCUCGUGUGGGGACAAGAAGACCUGAGGAAGAGGGACCGGCUGAGACAGGAGUUCAUCGGAUUACAUCUGCUGGAUGUUCUGCCCAGACUGAGGGAGACAGAUGAUGUGGACCUGAACAUCCAGUGUAAUGCGUUUGAGGACUCUCUGAUGGAGGAUAAGGAGGAGAUGGAGAGACUGUAUGGAGGAGUGGACAUGAGCAGCCACCAGCAGGUCUUCAGCUCGCUCUUCACCAAGGUGUCCGGCAGUCCGUCCUCUGUCCAGCUGCUGUCCAUCCUCCAGGCCUUGCUGUUGGUGGAUCCCAACAGAGCUGAGGUCUGGUCCGCUCUGGAGCUGCUGGCAGACCGAGCCACCCUGCUGUCCCAGGACGGUGACUUAGAUUCUGCUGACUGUCUGCUGGAGAGGCUCCUCCCCCAGAAGUCCCUCUCAGCCAAUCGCAGGGUCCGAACCAUCGACAGGGCGGUGCAGACUCGACUACAAGACAAAGACAGUCCUUCUGCUACACCAUGUGCUCCUUCAUCAACCUUACCUGGUUCAGGGGCUCCUCCUCCUCCCCCCUUACCUGGUUCAGGGGCUCCUCCUCCUCCCUUACCUGGUUCUGGGCCUCCUCCUCCUCCUCCCUUACCUGGUUCAGGGCCUCCUCCUCCUCCUCCCUUACCUGGUUCAGGGCCUCCUCCUCCUCCUCCUCCUCCCCCCUUACCUGGUUCAGGGGCUCCUCCUCCUCCCCCCUUACCUGGUUCAGGGCCUCCUCCUCCUCCUCCUCCCUUACCUGGUUUUGGGCCUCCUCCCCCUCCUCCCUUACCUGGUUUUGGGCCUCCUCCCCCUCCUCCCUUACCUGGUUUUGGGGCUCCUCCUCCCCCUCCAGGUGACGUCAUCGUAGCCCAGACAGUUCAGGGAUUGGGCGCGUCAUAUUUUAGCCCCGCCCCCUGCCCCACCCUCCGUAUGAAGAAGCUGAACUGGCAGAAACUCCCGGCGAGAGCGGUGACAGCUCAGCAGUCCCUGUGGACGUCUUCGUCUGUAGAUUCGGUAGAACCGGAUUACUGCAGCAUCGAGCAGCUCUUCAGUCUUCCUCCAACUGAGACCAAGACCAGAACCAAAGCCAAGGCUGAGCCCAAAGAGAUUUCCUUCAUCGAUGCCAAGAAAAGCCUGAACCUCAACAUCUUUCUGAAGCAGUUUAAAUGUUCCCAUGAGGAGUUUGUGUCUCUGAUCCGGAGAGGAGACAGGUCCAGGUUUGAUGUGGAGGUCCUGAAACAGCUGAUCAAACUGCUGCCAGAGAAACAUGAGAUAGAGAACCUGAAGUCUCUGCAGACCGACAGGGACAAGUUGGCGUCUGUGGAUAAGUUUUACCUGCAGCUGCUGGACGUCCCCAGUUACUCUCUGAGGAUAGAGUGUAUGUUGCUGUGUGAGGAGAGCAGCUGUGUGUUGGAGAAUCUGAAGCCCAAAGCUGAGCUGCUGGACCGAGCCUGCCAGAGUGUGAAGGAGAGCGUACGUCUGCCCAGCUUCUGUAAACUCAUCCUGAGUGUUGGAAACUUUCUCAACUAUGGCACUCACACGGGAAACGCUGAAGGUUUUAAGAUCGGCACUCUGCUCAAACUGACAGAAACUAAAGCCAACAAGUCGAGAAUCACACUGCUACACCACAUCCUGGAGGAGGCGGAGCAGAACCAUCCAGACCUGCUGAACCUACCUGAUGAUUUGGAGAUAUGUGAAAAGGCUGCUGGAGUGAAUCUGGAGUCGAUUCAGUCUGAAAGCAGCUCUCUGAUGAACCGGCUGAACAACUGUGAGAAGAAAGUUUCCUGUUCCUCGGACCUGAAGGACCAAUACCUGCCGCCCAUACAGGAGAGCCUGCAGGCGUGCGAGCAGCUGCGCCAGAUGUUGUCCUCGGUGGAGGACGGCAGGACGGCUCUGUGCAUCUACCUGUGUGAAGACAGCAGCAGCUUCUCCGUAGACGAACUCUUCGGAACCAUCAAGACCUUCAGAGGCCUUUUCCUCCGAGCCAUGCAGGAGAACCAGAGUCGCCGGCAGCAGGAGAAGAGGGUGAAGCAGCAGGAGGAGGACAGGAAACUCAAAGGAGAAACUAAAAAGAUCGUCAGGAAGGACGUGUCCAAGCAGGACGAGGGCUGCAUCAUCGACAACCUGCUGGCUGAGAUCAAGAAAGGUUACAACCUGAAGAAGGCCCCGACUCCGUGA